GGCGCCGCAAAAAACCGGAAGUAUCUAGUGACGGGCACUGGGAGCAGUUCCGAUGACUGUUCACAACCUGUACCUGUUUGACCGGAAUGGAGUGUGUCUGCACUACAGCGAGUGGCACCGCAAGAAGCAAGCGGGGAUCCCCAAAGAGGAGGAGUACAAGCUGAUGUACGGCAUGCUCUUCUCUAUCCGCUCCUUUGUCAGCAAGAUGUCCCCGCUAGACAUGAAGGACGGCUUCCUGGCCUUCCAAACUAGCCGUUACAAACUUCAUUACUACGAGACACCCACUGGGAUCAAGGUUGUCAUGAAUACUGACUUGGGCGUCGGACCCAUCCGAGAUGUACUGCAUCACAUCUACAGUGCGCUGUAUGUGGAGCUGGUGGUGAAGAAUCCCCUGUGCCCGCUGGGCCAGACUGUGCAAAGUGAGCUCUUCCGCUCCCGACUGGACUCCUACGUCCGCUCUCUGCCUUUCUUCUCUGCCCGGGCUGGCUGAAGGAAGCACUCUACCUCACCCGCCAGGAGAAUCGCUGUCUGCCUGGGGCGCUGCCUAACUGUUUGACGUGAGGGCUCCCACUGCAUGCCCCUCUACCCCCUCAAGCUCCCCAGCAGCCCUCCCAGGACAACAGCCUAAAGCCCUCCCUGGUGCCCUCCCGGCCCAGGCAGGAAGCCCGCAGGAAUCCUCACACCUCCGAACCAGGCCCUCUCCAGUUUUAUCUCCUACCUGAUGCUGCAAAAGUACAGAAUAAACUUUUGGUAACCCUUUGCAGCCUAA